GACAUGUUUCCGGUCACAUGCCAGCCAGUGCUGGGCUUUUAUAGGCUGCUGACCGGGAGGUGACGUAACUAUAAAAGUAGUGCCGUAAGCACGCCAAGAACGGUUCGGUAAGCGCCUCGGAGUUGGGGGAAAGAUGAGCCAGCAGGGGGCGGCGCUGCAGACCUAUAACAACGAGCUGGUGAAAUGUAUAGAAGAUCUGUGCAGCAAAAGGGAUGAGCUGAACCGUCAGGUCCAGCAGGAGGAAGAGGAGAAGAAUAAGCUUCAAAAUGACAUCCGCAUCCUCACAGAGAAACUCUCCACAGUGAACGAGAGCUUGGCAAAGAAAAUGGCCUCCAGGACGGAGUUUGACAAAACUAUUGCAGAGACCCAGGCUGCAUAUAUGAAGAUCUUGGAGAGCUCACAGACUUUGCUGAAUGUACUGAAGAGAGAGGCCGGUAACCUGGGCAAAGCCACGGAAGUACAAGGAAGCUCAAACACAUAACCGCCAGUGCUAGUUUUUAUAUUGCAUUUUGGAUCGAAUAUUGAAACUUUUAUAUAUUGGUCUGGGUUAAUGAUAUAGUACAUUUUUAGUGUAUUAUUUUUUUAUAUUUAAAGCGGAAAUCAAAGCUAAAUAAAUAUUGUCUAAAAUACUA